GCCGCCGCCCUACGCGGAGCUUGUGUGCCGGGGGCGGAGCCGCGUAGCGGGACUGGUGCUGCGAAGGGGCGCUGCGGCCUGCGCGGCCCCCCGAGGCUACGGGUCGGAGUUUUUACUGCUCGCGUCCUGCCGGCGCUGCCGGGCUCCGCAGCCGGCAUGGAUCUGGUUUUAAACCGAGCGGAUUAUUCACAGGUGGGAGUGACCUCGCAGAAGACUAUGAAGCUACUUCCUGCGUCAAGACAUAGAGCUGCGCAGAAGGUGGUUAUUGGAGAUCAUGAUGGGGUAGUUAUGUGCUUUGGCAUGAAGAAAGGAGAAGCCAUGGCAGUGUUCAAGACCUUACCAGGGCAGAAGAUUGCCCGGCUGGAGCUGGGAGGGGUUCUUAAUACACCUCAGGAGAAAAUCUUUAUUGCCGCAGGAUCUGAGAUUAGAGGCUUCACCAAGAGAGGAAAACAGUUCCUCUCUUUUGAAACAAACCUCACUGAAAGCAUUAAAGCUAUGCACAUAUCUGGCUCUGACCUCUUUCUCAGUGCAAGUUACAUCUAUAAUCAUUAUUGUGACUGCAAAGACCAACAUUAUUACCUUUCUGCAGACAAAAUCAAUGAUGUCAUCUGCCUUCCAGUGGAAAGAGUACCUCGGAUUACACCCGUCUUGGCCUGCCAGGACAGAGUGCUCAGGGUUUUACAGGGUUCUGAUGUGAUGUAUGAAAUUGAAGUUCCUGGCCCACCUGCUGUCUUAGCACUACACAAUGGAAAUGGGGGCAACUCUGGGGAAGACCUCCUGUUUGGAACAGCAGAUGGGAAGCUUGGGCUUAUUCAGAUCACCACAUCCAAGCCAGUGCACAAGUGGGAAAUUGGAAAUGAGAGAAAGAAGGGAGGUAUUUUGUGUAUUGACAGCUUCGAUAUUGUGGGUGAUGGGGUUAAAGACUUGCUUGUUGGGAGAGAUGAUGGAAUGGUGGAAGUGCACAGUCUUGACAGUGCAGAGGAGCCUGUUCUGCGGUUUGCCCAGGCAUUGUCUGAGAGUGUCACAUCCAUCCAGGGCGGUUGCGUAGGGAAAGACGGUUAUGAUGAAAUCGUGGUGUCCACCUACUCAGGCUGGGUCACAGGUCUGACAACAGAGCCCGUUCAGAAGGAAAGCGGACCAGGAGAAGAGCUGAAGAUGAAUCAGGAGAUGCAGAGUAAAAUUUCUUCUUUACGGAAUGAGUUGGAACAUCUGCAGUAUAAGGUACUGCAGGAAAGAGAGAACUAUCAACAGUUUUCUCAGUCAAGCAAAGCAAAAUCAGCAGCACCUUCAUUUAGCAUAAAUGACAAGUUUACAUUAAAUAAAGAUGAUGCCAGCUACAGCCUCAUUCUGGAGGUGCAGACCGCAAUAGACAAUGUCUUAAUACAGAGUGACGUCCCGAUAGAUCUGCUUGAUGUGGAUAAGAACUCCGCGGUCGUCAGCUUCAGCAGCUGCGACUCGGAGUCCAAUGACAACUUUCUUCUUGCCACCUACCGCUGCCAAGCAAAUACCACAAGGCUGGAACUAAAGAUUCGCUCAAUCGAAGGCCAGUACGGCACCCUGCAAGCCUACGUGACUCCAAGAAUUCAGCCCAAAACCUGCCAGGUGCGCCAGUACCACAUCAGGCCACUCUCACUGCACCAGAGGACUCACUGCAUUGACCAUGGCAGACCCACGAACACCCUGACUCUGACGGGCCAGUUCAGCUUCGCUGAGGUUCACUCCUGGGUGGUGUUUUGCCUGCCGGAAGUCCCCGAGAAGCCUCCAGCAGGAGAGUGUGUGACCUUUCACUUCCAGAACACCUUCCUGGAUACACAGCUGGAAAGUAUCUACAGAAAAGGAGAAGGAGUUUUUAAAUCUGACAACAUUUCUACAAUAUCCAUCCUAAAAGAUGUGCUUUCUAAAGAAGCUACAAAAAGGAAAAUAAACCUCAACAUAACAUACGAGAUAAAUGAAGUGUCGGUCAGACACACUUUAAUGCUGAUCCACCCGAAGCUGGAAUACCAGCUCCUGCUGGCCAAGAAGGUGCAGCUGAUUGAUGCUCUAAAAGAAUUGCAAGUUCAUGAGGGAAAUACAAACUUCCUGAUCCCAGAGUAUCGCUGUAUUCUAGAAGAGGCAGAUCACCUACAGGAAGAGUACAAGAAGCAGCCGGCGCAUCUUGAGAGACUCUAUGGUAUGAUUACCGAUCUUUUCAUAGAUAAGUUUAAAUUCAAAGGUACCAAUGUGAAAACCAAAGUACCUCUCCUGCUGCAGAUUCUGGACAGUUAUGACCAAAACGCCUUGAUUGCUUUCUUUGAUGCUGCAUGAAAGAUAAACAGGGCAACAAACCAAAGAAGUGGUCUUUUUAAUAAAAUGUUAAAGCUGAAUUACAAACCAACUUGUAGCUAAAAAUAUUGAAAUUCAUUGAUUUUAAGUAAAGCUUUAUUUCUUUUGAAAAAUGGAACUGUUUAAAAAUAAGGAGUUUUAUUUUAUUUAUUUAUUUUUUGGGGGGCUGCUGGGAGGGAGUUUUAUUUUUAAAACACAAACGGAAUGAUUAUGGGGAUAUUAAUGAGUUUGGGGCAAGUAGAUGUUUUAAUUUUAAAUUGAGAAAUUUGGAUUUGGAAGCGGGUAUGAUGGUUCACACCUCUAAUCCCAGCUACCCAGCAACUUACUGAGACCUUGUCUUAAAAUAAAAAAAGGACUGGGGUUGUAGCCCUGUGGUAGAAAGUAAAAAAUUGGAAAAUAAAAAUAUUUACAGAUUUUUAAAAUAAUAGAUACAUAAAUAUAUGAAAACUACAGAUUUCAAUGUAUUUUUAUUUUUGUAUAUUACCUGAUUUGAUCUUCACAACUUUUAUAUGUUUGUGAACUUCUCUGUGAAGUUACAUAAUUAAGCUAGGACCAGAACCCACGUUCUGGCACCUGGUUUGUGUCCUGGUUCCUGUGUGUCAUCAACCAGUUAAAAGUGGAAAUAACCUAUUGAUGAUUAUUUCUGGGAGUUGGAAUUGAUUUGCAGCUGUUUUUCUGUUGCUUGGGGACAUUUUGUGAACCUGCUGCAGUUGGUGAAGUACUUGACUUGGCUCAGUGCUGUCCAUUGAGCCCAGGGACAUAAGUGGAGCUUGCUCAGGAUGGAGGGUCUUAACUGGCUGUGCUCUCUCCAGUUGAUCUCUCCAAGUGUGCACGCGAAUAGCGAUGGCUUCUGUGGUUUUCUGUUGCACUCGAAUCCAUUAACUUCACCAUUUUCAAGCUACACAAGUUUGGUUCAUAAAUCUCAAUUCAUAUUUAUUUAUUUUGGGGUAAUACUAUAUUUAAAUGUUUUAAAAUGGCAUAAAGAAUGGAAAAUAAGCUAUUUUAUAUUUUCAGUAAGGGUAGACUGGUGAGUUUUUCCGAAAACAGUGAUUCUUAAUUAUAUGUCAUGGUAUGUGCAAGCCUUGAAUAU